UUUAUUGGUACCAUCGUAGUAAGCAUGUGUCACUAGCAUUUUUUUAAAUCAUGAAAUUUCUGAUCUUUUACAUUUUUCUGUGCUCUGUUGCCACUCAAGAGAUAACAGAAGAUUUGUUCGAGUUAAAUAUUCUACAUUACAAUGAUUUUCACGCCAGAUUCGUAGAAACCAGUCCAGCUGGUUUGGUCUGUGAUGCCGCCACGGAGCCAUGUGUCGGAGGAUUCGCCAGACUCACCACCGCGGUCCGAGAGGCCAUGCUGAGGGAGCCCCAGUCCCUGCUGCUGAAUGGGGGGGACAGCUUCCAGGGAACCAUCUGGUAUAACCUGCUGAGGUGGAACGUCACGCAGGAGUUCAUGAAUUUGCUGCCUCAUGAUGCACAUGUACUAGGAAACCAUGAAUUUGACAACGGUAUCAGCGGAGUAGUUCCUUAUUUGCAAUACCUGAAAGAUCCAGUAGUGACUGCCAACAUCAUUGACGAUGGUGAACCGACCAUCCAAGGAUUGUAUGAGCGCAGCAUCGUAGUGGAGCGAGCGGGACGCAGGAUUGGAAUCAUCGGUGUUAUUAUUGCUACUACUAAUGUGUUGGCAUCUACUGGCAAUUUAGUAUUUACUGAUGAGGUUGACACUGUGAGACGUGAAGCGGAGCUGUUACAUGACCAAGGGGUGGACAUCAUCAUUGUUUUAUCACAUUGCGGUCUCGAUAUCGACAGAGAUAUAGCUCUAAACGGAGGUCCAUACAUAGACAUAGUAGUCGGCGGCCACAGCCACACGUUGCUGUAUGAUGGAGAACCUCCUGACACAUCAGCAUUCGUCCCCCAAGGACCUUACCCGGUUCUUGUGGACCAGAAUGGGAAACAUGUUCUAAUUGUUCAAGCGGCAGCCCACACCCUAUAUUUGGGUGAAAUAAAAUUAUUUUUCGAUGCCUUUGGCAGCCUCGUCAGGUGGGAAGGGAAUCCGCAUUAUAUUGGUAAUGAAAUUGAACAAGCCCCGGACGUAUUAGAAAAGGUGAACCACUACCUGCCAUUCAUAACUGAAUACGCUUCCCGCGAGCUGGGCCAGUCGCUGGUGCACAUGUCUGCAGACUGCACCUGCCAGGAGUGCAACCUGGGCAGCUUCAUCUGCGAAGCGUUCUUGGACUCUGCGAUAGGCAUGGCUGAAGGUGAUGACUGGCACCACGCCCACUUCUGCGUCAUGAAUCAGGGAAGCAUUAGAGCUGAUAUAGGCGAUGGAGUAAUAACAUACGAAUCGUUGAUCCUCUCCACGCCGUUCGAGAACAGAGUGGAAGUUUUCGACCUGCGCGGCGACCACAUUAUGGAAAUGCUGGAGUUUUCAGUCGCCAACGACCCGUUUCCUGGCGCUAGGAUGCUGCAAGUGUCAGGGUUGCAACCUGUGUUUGACGGUUCUCGACCCCGUGGCGACAGGGUUGUCAACGUAACUGUACGGUGCAUCGAAUGUGACGUGCCUCGCUACGAGCCUUUGCAACGAGACAAGUAUUAUAGAGUUGUCACACAGAACUUCAUAGCGGAAGGCGGUGACGGAUUUACUAUGAUAUCAGAAAACCGUCGUAACGUUGAAGUAGUGGGCGUGGACUACGAUAUCCUGAUGCGGUACAUAGAACGCCUGUCCCCUGUCUUCAGCGAAGUGGACGGGAGGAUACACAUUGACAACCCAUGUCUGAGUUAAUGACACUUUGCGAAUAACCUCAUCAAAUUUAUAUUAUGACCAGUUGAAGAAGGUUUUAAUAAAGUUAUACCAAACUGUA